GGAAAAGCGUCGUGAGCAACAAUAGAGGCGCAACUUGAAUAAGUAUCCUCAUAGAAUGUCACGUAAGGGAUAUGCAGGGUUGGAGGAUGAGUUGGCUACCGGAAUGAGUGACGAAGAAGUUGAUAGGGCCACUUUGUGGAUAAAAGGACGACAAACAAAGGAUGGCAGUUUCAAGGAUGAGGAGUCAAAAAAUACUGCUGAAAAGAUAGCAAACUUGAAGAGAAAGGUUGCUAGUGGAGAACUAAAUGUUGAAGGAACAAAUGAUGUCUUGACAUUGGCUUUGGGGACUCUAGAGCAUGGGGGAAGAGUGCGGGGAAUAGGUGGUUUUGUCACUCCCUCUACUUACUUCCACCUCCCUAAACGUAGAAAGGAGAGCAUAGAAGCUACUGUCAGAGUUAGUGUGCAGAAAAUAUUGUUAGAGGAGAGAGAGAAGAUAGUAGAGGAGGCAAGGGAGAAGAUACUAGAGGAGGCAAGGGAGAGGAUAAUUAAGGAAGCGAAAGAAAAAAUACUUGCAGAGGAGCGGGCUAUGUGGGAGGCUAAGUUUGCUGAACUUGAAGCAAAGGUAAAUGGAAAAGAAGGUGCAACUAUUCAGCCACAUGCAUCUGGCCAAGGAAGUUUCUCAAAGACAAGCAUUUUUGAAGCAAUGGAAAACAAAACCCUCAUGCAUAAAACGAAACGGACAAAGGUGGUUAAGGAAGGUAGGUUGGAUAAACGUCUUUGCUCCAAGGGAGGUAAUGAGUUUCCCAAGUUGGUUGAGAAAGUAGUUAUCAACCGUGAUGAUGUCACUGAGGCUGUUGAAGAAAAUGUCAAUCUGACCAAGGAGCCGGAGAAUGAGGAGGGGGUAGAAUACGUGGAUUUGACGAUGUGUCCACCCACAUCAAAGGUAGCUGAGGUUGAAUGCAAGUUGGCAAUAGGUUCUGUUGAACAUAUUGUUGCUUGUGCCACUGUUAUGGAGUGCAAGGAUCCUUCCCAACUCGUUCAUGGCACUCCACUAGGGGAUGGCAAUGUGCGCGUUUCUAUCUAUGCCGCGCCUGAGGAGAAAGCAAAAGUGCCAUUUCCUGUGAAAGAUGAAAUUGAAACAGUGAAGCAGGCUAUGGGGAGUUGGGUAGCAUGGCCUAAACACCUAGUCAUAAAAUCACAUCUCAAGAAACCUCCCAAGGAUAGUGCUGAAAAGAAGAAGAAAAGGAAAGAGAUAGGGGAAGAGGACUCGGAGAUUGAAUUUGGCUUGGCUAAAUUGGCACCAUCAUUACCAGCUUCAUUGAAGAUGUUAUGUUUGUGGGGUGAAGAUGCAUUCAAAGAUGGGCAUACAAUCAGCUUCUACAUGGAGCCUGAAGUGUUUGGAUUUUCUCGCAAGACUUAUAUAUUGGGAAAAGAUGUUCGGCGACUGACAAGCAUGAGGGAAUUAACUGGAACUUGCAUUGUAGUGUACCAGAGGUAG